GGUAAACAAAUCACAAAAUAAGUCAUCUCAUUUCGUCAAAUAUUUUUCAUCUUCAAAACAGAUCCAGAUUCCCAAGAGAACAGUGAAAAAGUAAUUUAUGAAAAAGUUACUGAAACCCUAGUAUCAGAGUUCAUCAUGGUCCAUAAAAAACGAACGUUUUUUUUUCUUGUUCUUUCAAUUUUACUUCAAAUACACGCAACCUCACACAACAUCUCAACCGAUGUGAAAAUUACCGAAAAAUGUCCUAGAAUUUGUAGUUGCAUAGGAGUUAUGGUAGAUUGUGCUCGUCGAUCACUAACUUAUAUUCCCUCUAAACUUCCUACAACAACAGAAAAAUUAGAUUUACACAACAACGAAAUAGUUUAUCUCGCCGAAGAUGGUAUUUCUUUAUUGUCUAAACUUAGAGUUCUGCGCAUCAAUAACAACAAAAUAAUAUCGAUUCCGGAAAACUUUUUGAGUAUGUCUUCGAGUCUUUUACGACUCGAUAUUUCAUAUAACAAAAUCGAAAUGAUAUCUAGAAAUACUUUCAAAGGUCCUAAAGCAUUGCGAAGCUUACAUCUGGACAAUAAUUUGAUACAAUGUAUUCACGGAUCAACUUUCAAAGACUUAGCUGAACUGGAAAUUUUAACACUAAACAACAAUAGUUUGUCAACAAUUAAGGAGGAAAGUUUGAAAGGCCUAGUAAAACUAAGGACAUUAAGACUUUCUGAGAAUCCGUUUAAUUGUAAUUGUGAGUUGAUUUGGUUCAUUAAAUUUCUACGAAGGAAUCAAAGACUAGCUCCACAUGCUCGUUGCCAAACACCCGAAAACUUAAUGUUCAAAAAGAUUAACGAAAUUUCGUAUGAUGAAUUAAAAUGCACAGCUCAGUUAAAGAGUACUGAUACAUGCAAACCAAGAGUGACAUGUAGCAGUCCAUGUAAAUGCAACAACGGGAUUAUCGAUUGUCGUAAAAAGGGUAUAACAUUUAUUCCAGAAAAGUUCCCAGACAACUCUGUUGAAAUACGAAUGGAACAAAAUUAUUUAACGGCCGUAAAUGCUAGAGCAUUUUCUUUGUACGUAAGUCUACGUCGGAUUGAUUUAUCAAACAAUAAUAUAACAACAGUAGCACAAGAUGCAUUCAGAGGACUAAAAAAUCUUUUGACUUUGGUUUUAUACGGAAAUAAAAUAAAGGAACUACCAGUAAAUAUUUUUAAAGGAUUAACAUCUUUGCAAUUGCUACUUUUAAAUGCAAACGAGAUAUCAUGUAUCAGAAGAGAUACUUUUAAAGAUCUGCAAAAUUUGAGCUUAUUAUCUUUGUACGACAAUAAUAUAAAGACAAUUUACAAUGGGACACUUGAGCCACUGCACAACAUCAGAACACUACAUUUAGCUAAGAAUCCAUUCUUUUGUGAUUGUAACUUGAAAUGGUUGUCGGAAUACCUUCAUAAAAAUCCAAUUGAAACGAGUGGCGCACGUUGUCAUACUCCAAAAAGGCUUAGUCGCAGACGUCUUGAGUCAAUAAAGGAAGAAACAAUGAAAUGCGAUAAAUCGACUCCUUCUGGAAUUCAAGAUUGCAGUGCUCAAAUAAACUGUCCUCAAAACUGUAUUUGCUCCGGAUCAAAAGUGGACUGUAGUAUGUUGAAUUUGACAAACAUUGCUGAAGAUAUUCCAUUAUUUACAACUGAUUUAUUGAUUGAUAAUAAUCUUAUUCAAGCCAUACAGUCAGAUGGGUUUUUCGGACGUCUACCAAAUUUAUUAAGAAUGUUUGCAAAGAAUAAUAUGAUCAAAAACAUUGAACAAUUUGCCUUUGAAGGGGCAGUUAAAUUGCAGGAACUUUAUUUGGAUAAUAACUUGUUAACAGUUAUACAAAAUAAAAUAUUUAGCGGAUUGCACUCUCUAAAAAAAUUGUCAUUGUUGCAAAAUCACAUAACCUGCAUCAUGCCUGGAUCUUUUGACCAUUUUCCUCAAAUAAACUUUAUAAAUCUGGAGAACAACAGAUUAGAUUGUAAUUGUCAUCUUAAAUGGUUCCCUGAGUGGUUAAAGAAAAAACAGCUUGUGAAUUCGGUAGCAAUGUGCAACGCACCUGCAAAUUUAAAAGGCUUGCCUAUCAUUGAUAUUCAAUUGAAUCAAUUCAUAUGUAACGAGGCUGGAGAUGUUGGUUGUUUGGGAAGCGAUUACUGUCCAUCAAAUUGCAAUUGUGCUGGUACAAUUAUUAGAUGCUCAAAAAAUAACUACACUGAAGUUCCUGCUGAUGUGCCCAUUGCUACUACAGAAUUAUACGUUGAUUCUAAUGCAAUUAGCAGCAUUUCCACGAAACCUUUACAAUUUUUAAAGGAUUUGAUCAGAUUUGACCUUUCAAAUAAUAAAAUUACAUACCUGAGUGAUGGAGUGUUUUCUAGUUUAACAUCAUUGUCCACACUGAUACUUAAUUUCAAUGAGAUUCGUUGCAUACAAUCAAAAUCUUUUGCUGGACUCACAAACUUACGUGUAUUAUCCUUGCAUGGAAAUCAAAUAUCGACUAUUCCCUCAGGAACGUUCGCGGACUUAGUAUCUUUAACUCACAUUGCAAUCAGUGCCAAUCCUUUUUAUUGUGAUUGCAAAUUGAAAUGGUUGUCUGAUUGGAUAAAAAAAGAUUACAUUGAACCUGGAAUUGCCAGAUGCUCUGCUCCCUUAGAGCUCAAGGAUAAAAUUCUUUUAUCGACACCUUCAAGUCAUUUUACGUGUAACAAUACGCCUCCGCUAUCAGUGUUAUCGAAAUGCGAGCCUUGUUAUGCAAAACCGUGCAAAAACAACGCUAAUUGUCGGUCUCGAAGUGAUGGUUCAUAUGAAUGUGUCUGUUUCCCAGGAUACCAUGGAAAAGAUUGUGAGCAUCUUAUUGAUGCUUGUUAUGGGAAUCCAUGUGAAAACAAUGGAACUUGCUCUGUUGUGGACGAAGGACGUUUCAGUUGUGAAUGCUUAAAAGGUUUUGCUGGUCAUCGUUGUGAGGAGAAUUUAGAUGAUUGUCUUAAUCACAAAUGCAUGAACCACGCAACAUGCGUAGAUGAUUUGAACUCAUAUAAUUGUAUUUGUCCUCAAGGAUAUGCUGGAAAAUAUUGCGAAAACAAAAUUUUGAUUUGCUCUGCAUCAAAUAAUCCGUGUCAAAAUGAUGGAAAAUGUAUUGAUCUCGGUGAUGACUACAAAUGCGAAUGUGUCAAUGGCUAUAGAGGAAAAAACUGUUCUAUUUAUUCGAAUGAAUGUCUAAAUAAUUUAUGUCAGAAUGAAGGUACUUGUCAACCAGAAUCCACUGGAUAUUCUUGUAUCUGUCCCGUUGGAUUUUUCGGAAAGUUUUGUGAAAACAGUGUUGGAGUUGAAAUGAUAUAUCCACAAACCUCUCCAUGUCAAAAUCACGAAUGUAAACAUGGCGAAUGUUUCCAACCUGAUCCAUCAAACUCUGACUACAUUUGCAAAUGUUUUAAUGGUUUUACAGGAAAAUAUUGUGAAUAUUUGACGUCAAUUUCAUUUAAAGCAAACAAAUCAUAUGUUGAGCUUGAACCAUUACAAACAAAACCAUUUACCAACGUAACAAUCACAUUUAGCACGUUGGCUACUAAUGGUGUGCUACUUUAUGAUGGUUAUGAAGAACAUAUCGCGGCAGAAUUAUUCCAUGGUAGAUUGCGUAUAAGUUAUGACAUAGGAAAUCAUCCUGUAUCCAGCAUGUAUAGUUUCGAAAUGGUUUCUGAUGGAAGAUACCAUACAGUUGAGAUGAUUGCAAUGAAUAAAAAUUUCACACUUCGUGUAGAUGGGGGAUUAUCGAGAUCAAUUGUGAAUGAAGGUGCUCAAAAUCAAUUGAAACUCUCGUCGCCUUUAUAUAUAGGAGGUUUCCCAGAAGAUGUAGCUUUGAGAGCGCAAAAACAGUGGCAUAUUCGUAACACCACAAGUUUCAAUGGAUGCCUAAGAGAAGUGUGGUUAAAUAAUAAACGUGUGGAUUUCUUCAAUGCAUUAAAGGAAGAAAAAAUGAAACAUGGAUGUAGCAUGUUAAAAGAUGACGAUUCAAAUUAUAGCGAGGUAAAUGAUAACACUAAGACAUGCACCGCAAAGUCAUGUACGAAUGGACAAUGUAUCGAUGAUUUAACUUGUAAAUGUAAUAAAGGUUACACAGGAAAACUCUGUCAAGAAGCGUUAUGUAAGAAGCAACAAAUAAAAGAGUUCUACACAGAAAGAGAUUGCAGGUCAAGACAAAUUUUAAAAUAUGCUAAAUGCGUUGGAGGAUGUGGAGACCGAUGUUGUGGCUCAAAACUUGAAAAGAAAAGAAAGGUGCGAAUGAUUUGCAAUGAUAAGAGCAAGUAUGUCAAGAAUGUCAACAUUAUUCGAAAGUGUCAUUGUACAUCGAAUUGUAAUUGACUGGAGGAUAAUAAAGAAGACAAAACCGAAAUUCAAAAUGAUGAUAUGAUUAUGAACGACGAAGCUUAUAACGAGGAAAAACACAGACCUAACAUAAAGUCACUGAAGGAAAUAAAAUUAAAGAAAAAUAAUUUACUUAAAGAAAUAUCGACUCCUUUAGGUACAGUCAGAAUAGUUUUCGAAAAUGUAGAAAACAAUAACACAAAAUCUAAUUUAAAAUUUUCAAAUAGUAAUAGUAGUAAUAGGAAAAACUCAACUGUAAAAUAUUCACCAGUGAUGACAAAAGAUGGUAAAAUAGCGUUGCUAUAUAAAGGUGAUUUAGAUAAUGUAAAAAAAUAUGAAGCCAUAAAUACUUCUUCAAAAAGUUUUAUCAAUUUGAAAAUUCCGAAGAAUCAAUCAUUAACAAAAAUCACAAAUGAUAGAAAGGUCAAUGAAUCUAUAAAUGUUUUACCUAAUUUGCUUUUGCACACUAACAUGGUGAAACAUAAGCCUAAACACAAUGAAAUUGAUAGUUUCAAAGACAAUAAAAAUAUCAUGAGAGACGAUCUUCGCAUAUAUAAUACAAUUAAGACAACAACUAAAAAGCCAGAUAAUAUAACGAAAGAUGUGUUUAAUUUAGCUAUUAUUCCUAUUUUUGACGUUGAUUUAGAAAGAAAAAUACUCUCUAAAAUGACAAAGGUGCAUCAUAAUCAUAAUCAUUUUAAAUAUCCUUCCAGUAUUCAUAAAUCUAUGCAGACCAUGAUUGGUCUAGCGGCGUUGUUAACGUGUUUUUCGGUAUUUGCAUGUUAUUUGAGAAGAAGAAUUAUUAGAAAUAUAAGGUCAUUGUUUUGGUAGCAUCUUUUAUUGCUUUAUAGAAAAUUUAUAUUUAUACAAAGAUUUUCAACUCACGCUUAUCUGAAUAUUUUGCCUUGUCUCUAAUAUGCACGUAUGAAAAAGCAUCGGACAAGUUUUUUUUAAAAAUUAAUGUUAAAAAACAACUAUUGUAAACUAUU